CAUCGAUUCUUCGUUUUUGAAUUUCUUCAGGAAGAGUAGUGUUUCCUCAAAGAUUUUUCUGCAACACCAAGAGAUCCUCUCCUGGGAAUGCAAAUAACAGGGGUAAAAGAAGAUUCGAAAUUCAGGCUGGCGCUUUAGUUUUCCUUCGAAAGAAAGAGUUCUCUCAUUUUUUCUAAAUAAUGAAGUCUUUCUCCGAUUUUGUUUUGCUGUUUAGUCUGCCAAUUAUAAUUCAAGUCUUUAUCAUUUCCUUAUUUUACCAAGGUGUUUUAGGUCUUGAUUGUUUUAAAUGUAUAUCUACUGCUGGCACAUACCCCCCAUGUGACGAUCCUUUUCACAAUAACUAUACCCGAGACAUUUUAGAGAGCCCAUGUUGGGCAGGAAGAAAGCAAAGAAAUGGAGUCUUUCCAGCAACUACGUGUGUCAAACUUGCCGGAACAUAUGGUGAUACUGGAGAGACUUUAGUAGUUCGUGGUUGCGCAGUUGAUAGCGGUACACUUACCAUAGACACAGAGCUUGUUCGUAUGAGCCAUUGUGGUGGAUUUUACUAUGAAGACCGAUACGUGAGAGGCUGUGUACAGAAUUGUUUUGAAGAUGGCUGUAACAGCAGCACUAUUUUGCAAUUACAAAUAAAAAUACCGAAUUUGAUUGUUCUCCUUACAAUAUCAUAUAAAUAUUUUAUGCAUCAUCUCUGACCAACACUUAUAAGUAAUUAAUUACUUAUAAGUGUUAAAUUACUUAUAUGUAAAAAAGAGUUACCAAAUUUGGAAGUCAUCAAAUAUUUUUAACUGCAAGUAAAUUUUAUCUCUUUCUCACUAUAAAGAUACAAUAGAUAUAAUAGCUUGUAUUUUAUGUACAAUAUAGUAAAUUAAUUCUUUUUUUUAAUUUUGGUACUUAAUCAAUUUUUUAGAUAACGUAGUAACUUAUUUCUUUUCAAUAAAUUUUUUUUUACUUUAAAGAAGCAGUAAGUAGCUCCUUGACAGAAUUGCGAAAGAACGUAUUAUGGGUCUGAAAGGAAUAAAGUUAAUUCGAUUAAUACCUCUUUUUUCUAUCUGUAUCAAACUAUUUUAAUGAAUAAUCACUAAAAUAUCGAAAAAAAAAUUUAAUUCAAUAAAAACAUCUAUCAGAAGUUAACUUCUUCUUUUGUUUAAUGAACCUUGCAGUUCAACAAAUAUACAUGCA